UUAGUCCUCUAAUUUCAUCUCAUCUCGCGCUAGAUAAUUUUCGUCUCUGAAUGAUUACGCAAAUAAUACCGCUCACUGGUAGUAUUAUCAAAUUUUCCCAAAUAAAAACACUAAUAGCGAAUAAGUUAAGUAAAUUUGUUGCAUUUAAACGUAGUCUUUUCUUGGUUCAAAAGAGGCGUUAAUUAUAUCGCUGUAUGAUGAACGUGAAACGUGUAUUAUGUUAUUUCGUUUAAAAAUCGUUGUCUAGCGUGAUGUUUAAUGAGAAAAUGAUUAAAUUCGCGUUUCAGUUAAGAUAACACCGGUGAUCCGACGAAUACCUAGUUAAUUUUUUUCAUAUGUUUAUGUACCUUAUUUUUUUCUGAUGGAAACGUAGCUGACAAAAUGAAGAAAAAAGUACAAAUUCGCGAAAACGACGAAAAAAAGUCGAAGCAAUGUGAAUUUGGCAAAUCUUUGUGGUAUUGUGUAUUAUUCGUUUUGGAUUAUCUGUUCUUUUUAGUGCUGAUGCCAAUAUGCGGAGUUAGUUUCUGGAUCGGCGCGUACUAUUUCUUACAAUAUUUGCACGAUUCCGAAAAAGGAUUGAUUCGAUGGAAAUUUUUGAUCGCGAUGAUAAUUUCCGGCAUCAUUUUUACAGCCAAACACGUAGCCCGAAGUCCUAUUUAUAAAUUUAUGCGCGAUCGAAUCAAAUCGGAGGUUGCAUUUUUCACCAUUUCCAAAAUUUACAUUUAUUCGUUCGCGCUCUGCAGUACCAUUCUAUUCGCUGGAUUUUUCGACGUGUCCAAUGAAAGUGAGAAAGCCGCCGCUAAUAAUGCUACUGCGAAAUAUGGCGUCCUGCGCUUCAUCGGUGCUACCACGAAUAACAUCACUGAUAAUUUCACUCGAGUGGACCUACCUGAAAAACCCGUCAGCCCUCAAGAGGCUAAAAGUGAAAUGUACUUGUGUAUUAUUUACGUCAUCAUUGGAUUUGUGGGGUUGUUUCGAUUAAACUGUCGUCCUCAUUUGGCUGGAGGUGGAGGAGAUAUCGGAAGAGAGAAAACCGCCGAGGAUGUGUUUCUCUUUCCUGUUACUUUAUUCGAUACCACUUGGAAAAAGAACAAAUUCUUGUACAUUUUAGACAGUAUUUUUAGCGUAUUUAUCGUUGGCACGCUUGUCAUAUUGGUAUGGAGAGGAGCCUGGUGCCUUCUAGAUCAAACUAUUUUUCCAGGCAAUGAAACCUACCUUUUAUCAGGAUGGAUUUCACUGGGUAUCGGGUACUCGAUCGUAUUCGCGACGUUUGCGUUACAACGAUUCAUGAAGAUACUUAUACGAAUGUAUCAUGGUUGGAAGAGAUUGGUAAUAAUUGACACCUACGUUGUAAUAUCUUUCUGUGGUACGAUAAACAUUUGGCGAGGAAUAUGGAUUCUAUUAGAAGAAUACGUCAAUUUAGAAAAUUCGUUAACGAACUGUGUGAUUUUACAUUUCCUGAGUUUCUUUAUUCUAGUCAUAUUUAAUUCAUCGAAUACAUUAUUAGUACGAGGCGUUUAUAUAGAUGCUGAAGAAAAUGGAGAAGAUUGUGUAGAAUUUCCUUGCUACUAUUUCCGAUUACGAUUUCAGGAAAAGCAAAAAAAGAAAACGCUCGUAGAGCUCAACAAUGUCACCAACAAAGUACUCAACGUCGAAAAAAAAGACGACUGUAGACUCAACGACGAUCGAGAUAAAAAGUCAGAAACCGAAAUCAUCAGUGAAAUUAACCAUCAACAAGUCCCGCUCAUAGUGAACGAUUCGCCAAAUACUGGAAACGGCGAAGUGAACUCGAAUAACGAUGAAAAACCAAAUUCGUGAUUGAUAUCGGAAUUUUGAAAUAAUUUUUGUACCUUUUGUAACAUAAUUUUUUUUAUGCAAGUGUAAUUAUAUUAAUCAUCAAUAUAUUAUGUAAACUGGUGGGAUUAUAAUAAUUUUCAAAAAAAUCCUUACUCGUUAUAUGAGAAUUCAUUUUAAAAUGUAUAGAAUUAUUUAAACGUUGCUGACGCAUUUAUUUGGGAUAUCGAAUGAUUUUUCGCGGGAUCGGGAGAUUUUUUAUUGAGUGAAAUGAUCUGUAAAGUGGGUCUACUGAUAAUUUUUUAUAUGUACAAUUGAGUAUUGUAUUUUUAUAUUGUAAUAGUAAGUAUUAAAUUUUGUAGUCACUUGUUGUGAUUUAUUGUAUGAAAUUAAAAUUUCACUUAUUGAUCGAAAA